UUGCUCUUUUGUGUGAAAAAAUACACUUGCUAAUAAACGAACGACAACACAUUCACUGAUCAUUGCAAAAACAAACAAACCCUGCAGUUUUUAUUUCUUACUCUCGAAUACCAAAUACUCGACCAGAUCCAACCAGGAAAAAUAUCAACUUGUGAACUCUUUAAAAAUUUAUUGAAAACGACUUUAAUCGUGUUUAUGACCUAAAGGCUAACUCCAGGAUGAUAAUGCCUCGUUCCUGAUUUGUCGAGAAAGCACACUAAUGGAGACGAUGGGAGAGUAUUUGGACGUCGUAGUUGGUGACAUUGCACGACUUAUCACAGGAGUAUUCCACAUCUUCGAGUUCAUUCUUGGAUUGAGCUACGUUUUGGGACAAACUUUAGCAAGCUGGUUAACAUUUUUGGGAACAAGUUGCGUGGGAGUUGCAGUACAAUUCAAGGAGAUCCUCGUCUUAACUGGGUCAGAACUGUGGGACUUUGGAGCUGGAGUUGUAAAAUGCAUUUUGCUCAUUUACUAUGCAAUUUGGAUGAUUUUUGAAUCAUUCCAGGUGAUACUAAUUGAUCUCAAGACAUUAUCUGUCCACGUCUUUGUCACUAUUGGACAGCAUCUAAACGAUACUCAAGCUGCAGUUGUGGACCAUACAUCAAGAACUUUCUCUACAGUGCCUCAAAUUAUUUGCCAGUCUCUAGUUUUUAUAGGAGAAAAAGCCACAUAUGCUGUCCAUUGUCUAGCGCUUAUAAUCAUAGAUUUCCUUACCCAGCUUAUUGUAGCUCCAGCGAAUGUAAUUUUCACCGCCUUUCUAAUGCUAUCUAAAGUUAUAGACAUUCCAUACAACUUAUGGGAAGCCUUUCAAGAUAUUCCCAGACCAGGAAAGGCUGGCUUAGUCGUCGUUGCUGUUAUCUGGAUAAUUUAUUUAAAAGUCAACUUUGCCUCUAUUUCUAGACGUUCAUGGAAUUUAGUAAAGUCUGCGUGGAGGAGCAUUUUAAAAAUGUCUGCCAUUGUUAAAAAUUGUAAACGUAUCUUGCAACAAUUGGCAAACAGUGGUGGCGACCUAGACACCGUUAGUGGUGUUAGUGAUACCAAAGCUCUGUGUGUCAUAUGCCAGGAUAACACAGUCUCUUUCAUCAGUAUACCUUGCAAACAUGUGUGUUUAUGCUAUACCUGUGUAAAGGCUUUAGUUAAUUUGGAUAAUCGAUGUCCUUUGUGCAGAGGGGCUGUUUCGAAGUUUGAAAGAGUAUACAUUCCAUUAUAGUACGUAUAAUACUUGUAACAAGUGAUAGCCAAAGUUUGUCAAACAUGUCGGACAAUAAUAAUAUAAUAAUUUAAACCACUUAAUGUUCAAAUUAUCCGGUCAUUGUAAAAAUGUCUAAUCUUAUCGAUUAAAAAUGCUUUGUGAAAUUAAGGCAAUAAUACUUAUGUACUAGAAUACAUAUACCUGUGUGCUAAAAAUAUUAUUCACACUUAUUUUACAAUGCUAGACCGUGGUUAAGAUAGGCUCGCUAAGCUUGUCUUACGAUUAUCUGCCUUGACCUUUCAUUGUGGGACAAUGUAAUAAAUAUUACGAUUAUUACAUUACAAUUAUUUAUUUUUUUUAAAUUGGAAAUAAGUUCAUUUGCCAUCAUGUUUAUAAAAUUUCGACCAAAAACUAAAUUAUAUACAUAUGUACAUGCACAUCUUUGUGUUACAAAUAAAGAUUUUCUGUAAGUGAAA